AUGGCAAUUGAAGCACCAGUAAAGCCCAGCUCUCAGCUGCCGGCUCAAUACUCGCAUUUAAAGACCAAUGGCAAAAGAAUGAUGACGACACUGCAGGAGUCGUGCAGUUGGGGUAGCACUCCGGAUGGUGGCAUGAACCGUCUUACUCUCAACGAAGACGACAAGGCUGUCAGAUUAUGGUUCAUUGAAGAGACCAAGAAGUGCGGCUGCGAGGUUCGGGUCGACGAAAUGGGCAAUAUUUUUGCCAUUCGUCCAGGUUCCAACAAUGCCCUUCCGCCGAUCGGUAUCGGUUCUCACUUGGACACACAGCCGACGGGCGGAAAAUACGACGGCAUUCUGGGUGUCCUGUCUGGACUGGAAGUGCUGCGAACGAUUCACGACAAUAAUAUCACCACGUAUGCACCACUGGCCAUCAUUGACUGGACCAACGAGGAGGGCGCUCGGUUUCCGCCGGCAAUGCUGGCGUCGGGUGUAUGGGGAGGUGCCUUUACCACUGAAUAUGGCCACGACCGCCCUGAUCUUGCCGGCACCACCACGCUCAAGCAAGAAUUGGAGCGCAUCGGCUUCCUUGGAACCGUUCCAUGCUCCUAUGAUGCCAACCCGCUCUCUGCACACUUUGAGCUGCACAUUGAGCAGGGACCUAUCCUAGACGCGGCCGAAUCGUCUACCGCCGUUGUCCAGGGCGUCCAGUCUAUCCGCUGGUACCACGUUGACGUUGUUGGCCGAGAGGCGCACACUGGUACAACUCCAAUGGAUCGUCGAAGUGAUGCCCUUCUAGGUGCGGCAAAAAUGAUUGUAGAGACCAACCGAUUCGUCACGGAAGGCGAGCUCGCUGCCCGGGGAGCCCGUGCCACCAUUGCCGUCAUCAACUCGGGGCCACAAAGCAUCAAUACCAUUGCCGGCAAGGUCCGGAUGGGUCUCGAUAUCAGAGCGCCCGAUGACGCCGAUGUUGAGGCGGUUGAAAAGCUGUGCAGGCAAUCUUUUGACGAAAUCUGUCAAAAGCACGGCCUCUCCGUCGAGAUUGACCGUUUUUGGACCUCGCCCGCCAUUCACUUUGAUCCGACCAUGAUUCAGUGCGUUCGUGCUUCUGCCAAUGCCAUUGGAUGUGAAAUGGAGCUCGUCAGCGGUGCUGGACAUGACAGUGUGUAUACUAGCCGGAAGGUACCGACAGCCAUGGUGUUUUCACGAUGCCGUGAUGGUGUUAGCCACAACCCGGCCGAGUACACCAGGCCAGAAGACUGCGCAGCUUCUGCCGAAGUUCUCCUUGGAGCCUAUUUGAGAUAUGAUGAUUACUUAAAGAGGACAAACGAGUCAAAGGGGGUGUAA